GCUCCCAUCUAACUCUUGGGAACAAAUUGCCUUCCCCUCUAAUGAUGUCACAGGCAUCCGGAUCACCAGUAACAUAGGCUCCUUUACUAUUUUCAAUAUCUAUAACGACUGUACUCACAACAGCACCCUAGAGCUGCUGAGCGAACAUAUUACAGCUGAUAAAUUUUACCCUACUACUAAUGAUCAUAUGCUUUGGUUCGGUGACUUCAACAGGCACCACCCAAUGUGGGAACCACCAGAGAACAGGCACCUACGUAGCAGCAGUGAAGCAGUCGAUCCACUUCUCAACCUCAUCCUCGAACAUGGAAUGGAAAUGGCGCUGCCGAAAUAUGAACCCACCCUGCUAGCACGCAAUGGAGGACGCCCAACUAGACCAGACAAUGUAUGGCGCACAAGCAACGAUCCCAACCCAUUCAUCAAAUGCUAUGUAGAAAGGUCUGCAAAAACACCAAUUACUGACCAUUUUGCAAUCCUUAGCAUACUCGACUUCCCACUCCCACGAAACGACACGGAGCCAUACAGAAAAUUCAGAGAAGUCGACUGGACCGAAUUCAAUGAGAUACUGACAUCCUACCUCGCCAAUAGCCCAGAAUUUAGAGAACGCUACACUAGCAGAGAAGAGCUUUCAGCCGGAGUCAUCGCGCUCACCAAUGCCAUCACCAGCACAAUUGAUAUAUGUGUCCCCUUAGCUGCCCCAUGUGCCUACGCAAAACGUUGGUGGACAAGAGAACUAACGGAGCUAAAGAAGGCCAAGAACCGUGCAAGCGCAGAGGCGCAUAAAUGGAGAUAUAUCCCAGAGCACCCUUCACACGAAGCUUACCACUCCCUUAGCACCAAGUAUGUCACACAGAUUAGGAAAACGAAGGAGGAGCACUGGAUAUCAUGGCUUGAAGGCCUCAAUGACCAUGAUAUCUGGAACGUCAACAAGUACCUAGCCAAACCAGCAAGCGACCUAUGCCGCGAGAGGAUACCGACCCUAAAGACCCCAGACGGUACACCCACUAGCAACAAUAGUGAUAAAGCCAAACUGCUAAGUAACACCUUCUUCCCCCCUCCCCCGUCCACUAUCCAGCUCCCAAACAUACCCUUCCCCAACCCAGUCGGAAAGUUUAAACCAUACUCACGAGCAAGGUUAAUCUCAGCUAUCAAGACACUCAAACCAUACAAGGCCCCAGGACCUGAUGGCAUACCCAACGUCGUCCUCAAAGAAUGUGCAGAAGUGCUCGCAACCCCACUACUAAGUAUUUUCAAUGGCAUCUUCCAGCUACAUUACUACCCCCCAGAGUGGAAGCUCUCAACAACUGUAGUACUCAGAAAACCGGGCAAACCAGCAUAUGAUGUCCCAAAUGCCUACCGCCCAAUCGCCCUCCUCAACACCAUGCCCAAGCUUCUCUCCGCAUUAGUCGCAGAAGACAUCACCUAUAUUUGCGAAGCUCACCAGCUCCUACCAAACACCCAAUUUGGCGGGCGCCCUAGGCGCACAACUGCUGACGCGAUACACCUCCUGACCCAUAAGGUUAAAGAUGCCUGGCGCAAGCACCAAGUAGCCAGCGCACUCUUCCUGGAUAUCCAGGCAGCCUUUCCUAAUGUUGUCAGACAAGUGCUCCUAAGGAACAUGAGAACAAAAGGCAUUCCAAAGGAAUAUGUCGCAUUUAUUGACCAUAUGCUUACUAACAGAUAUACUAAACUUAGAUUUGACGACUUUACCUCUGAGGACAUCCCCAUCAACAACGGAAACAGCCAAGGGUGCCCCCUUUCCAUGCUCCUAUAUGCCUUCUACAUUGCCCCACUACUCGAAAUUGCCAACGGCAAGAACGAACUCACAAUAGGCUUCGUUGAUGACACCACCCUUCUGGCUAUUGGCCGCACCUUUAUAGAGACCCACGCUACUCUCAAGUCCAUGAUGGAAAGAGCAAAAGGUGCCUUAGCCUGGUCCAAAGGACACAAUUCGCCAUUUGAACUGUCCAAAGUAGCGGUGAUAGAUUUUACAAGAUCCGAUAGCAAAGAACGAGACUCGUCAGAUCUACUGCUCACUUACUGUGGUCGAGACCAAACCAGGAUGUCAGCAACUGUGAAGGUAGUCAAAUCAUAUAAGCUAUUGGGUAUACUAAUUGACAGUAAAUUAACGUGGGCUAAACAUCACGACCUGGUGCAAGCACGAGCGAUCAAAUGGACAGCCCUCUUCAAAAGGCUCAACCGAGUCACUACCGGUAUCUCCCUUGAGCUAUCCCGCAGACUAUACCUAGGUGUAGCAAUACCCAGAAUCACAUACGCAGCAGAAACUUGGUUCGUACCCCCAUAUAGGCUCACAGAUGCUCAAAAAGGUUUAGGCAAUAUAGGUCUAUCAAGAAAGUUGUCAUCUAUCCAACGACAGGCAGCAAUAACGAUCACCGGAGCAAUGAGAACAACUGCUGGCGAUGCUUUAGAAGCCCACGCAGACCUCUAUCCAAUCGACAUCCUGCUCACGCACGUCUGCUACCAGGCUGCAGCCAGACUAGCAACCCUCCCACCUACCCAUCCUCUCCAUCCAUACGUCAAGAAAAAAUCCACCCCCAUCGCCGGUCGCCUAACUCUCAGAAACGCUUCUAUACACAUAUCGCAGCCAACAAAGACGAAGCAAAAGGCCGGGAAGAAUCACACCGCACGAACGACAUAA